GCACCUUCUCCCGCCACCUGCAGCUGCGCUGGCGCCGCCACCACCGCCGCUGCUGCACCUGCAGGCACGCGUCACGCCGCCAGCUGUGCUGUCUGCACCUGACGAGUCCGCUAGCGCUCUGCAACUGACGUGUCACGCCUCGGAAACGUCGCUCGAGGACUUUUGACAAGGGUACCGGUUUCUUUUAUUCAGUCCAAAUUCGCACAUCGCGUUUCUUCGAAUCCGCGUAGAACCAGUCGUGAUAGAUGCGACAUUCUGGUACAGCUUUUGAUAGUUCGGACAUUUAGUAUUUCGUGCCUUUUUUACAAUUUUGCAGAGGCCUGUGCACUCCUUUCGCUCGAAGUAAUGACGUAAAAUGUGGCGAUUUAGUUGAGGUAAUUAACUAUUAGACCAACUGACAGUGAAGUGCUUUCGUUAUAAAUAUCUGCAUCUGAUCUGAAAGGAAACAACGGAUAAGGACUGUCAUAAUGGAAGUUUCUGGGUAAUUGAGAGUGAGGAAAGAGAUCAUAUCAAUAGUGGUAUAUAAACUGGCUUCAGUGAGGAUUAUUUGUAUAUCGUAUAUAUUUAGUCUUACGUCGAACCUUUUCAGCAUCUUGUCACAAGCCGACGUAAGUGGAAAAGACUGUGCUUACAGGUACUAGGUCGUUUAACACUCUUGUGUGUGUGCUUCAUAUAGCAGCUGGUGCAUGAAUUAGAUACAAUCACGCUGAGCGGAUGAAAAUUAGCGUCGCAAUUUUAUUAUUGCCAAUGAUGUGUGGACACUUACUGAAGACGUAGUGGAAACUGCACCUGAUCAGUGUGUAGCUAACAACUCAGGUCUCAAUAUCAGUCCCUGAGGAAAACCAUAUUUACAUUCUAAGCCCGCUGCUGGACAGCUAGUGUCAUACAACAAGAAUUCCCAGUUGACUGGGGACACUGCAGAACUAGUGGAAGCAGCGUAACCGCAGCAUUUAGUCAAUAACUGAGGCCCCGGCAUCAGUCCUGUGGAACACUAUAUUUGCUCUUUCUCAGCCUGUCAUUACAAAACUGGUGUCAUAUAUUGGCUGUUUUCAGUCGGUUGUGGACACUGACUGCAAAAUUGGUGACAUUAUUGUGAUACUAAUCUUUAGUUUAUCAGCUCUGGCCGUAGUGUCAUUCCCGACAUCGCAGUUGCCCUCCCACGUAGCCAGUAUAAAAUUGGUGUCGUGGCAUCGAUUGUUGUCAGUCCACUGUCGAGAGUAACUACACGACUGGCGAUACUGCCGCAUCACUAAUCUUCAGUCAACAACUGAGGGCCCAACACUGAUCCCUGUGGAACAUCACAGUUAUUCGGUCACUUGACGGCACCCGGCGUGGCCCGCCAGCGUCGACGUACAGACCAAGUGAUAACCGUGUGAUGCUCGUGUCCAGCACCGCCUGAAGCCAUGACGCAGAGAGCAUCAUUGCUGGUGUUGACACCGCUGAUGGUGGUGGUGGUGGUGGCGUUGUCCCUUGUGGUGCGACUGCCCGCCGCCCACGCACGCCAGCUGUCGCCCUUGGAGCGCUUCAUGCACGCGCGCUUCCCGUCCACGACGGAGUCGCCUCUGCAGCGCGACUGGGUCGGUGACGAUUACGAUUCGGACAGCUUCGACGACGACGACAUCGACGACUACCAGGACAGCACCAGCAGCACGGCGCCGCCGCCACCGUCGCCCCCCAGACAGCACGCUCCCUCGGAGCCGAUGUCGCCGCACAGCCAGCAGAAGUGGUCGCUCAUGGGAUCGCGGGCGGCCGUCGACGCCUUCCGGCACUCGCGGCUCAAGCUCACAGGCACCGGCUCCAGGACCUCUGCCGAGAACGAGGUCCAGCUGGCGGUGGAGAACGCGCUGCGGGUGAACCGCGAGCACGAGUGCCGCGUGCCGGCGGCGCGGCUGGUGCGCGUCAAGGACGAGUACCCGCACCCCAACAAGCGCUACAUCCCGCACUGCGCCACGCUGCACCGCUGCGGGGACGACGCGGGCUGCUGCCACUCCGACACGCUCACCUGCGUCGCCGCCAAGGCGCACCCCGUCACCCUCUACUUCUACACGACCACGGCGGGGUCGCGCGCCGUUGUGGAGAAGCUGACGUUCGAGAACCACACGGAGUGCCGCUGCGAGGACAAGCUGGACGCCGUGAUGCCGCGCGACAUGCCAGACACCCAGCGGCCUCUGAGGGGGCCCCACCACCACCACGAGCCGCAACAGCACCACAGCAGCCACGCUGGCGGCUGCCGGUGCCCCAGCGCCUUCUCGGCGCGCCGUCUCCAGGGCGGCUCCAGCUGCCGCUGCGAGUGCUUCGGCCACCACGCCGGCUGCGCCCGCCUGCGCCGCGGCAAGGACUACUUCUCCACCAGGGACAAGUACUGCAUCCAGAGCGGCGAGUGCGCCUACCCGGACUGCGAGUACGGGCCUUACAUCCGCAAGGCCGGCCGCUGUCCGCGCAAGAGGGAGCGGCUGUCUGCGUGGGACAAGGCGAGGCACUGACCGCCCUGCUGAAGAGGGGUCCAGGCGGAGCCACCGAAACGUCGCGACACGACACCAGCGGUGGUCACCUCUCAGCUCAGCGGUGGUCCACGAGGGCUACAAGUACCACGCUGUCAUCAGCGACCACUCGCCAAAACUACACU